AUGUCAUCAUCACAGGAAGAGUAUUCAUCAGAUGAAGAAAGCAUUUAUGACUCCAACGAGUCGCAUAAAUCAAAAGUGCUUCUAGGUUUUGCUGAUGGGCCGAUUACAGAAGAUGACCAGCCAAUAUUGGAGGAUACCUUUAUUGGAGGGCAACCAAUAUGGCUCCAUCCAGAAUCUAAACCAAAAGAAGACUACCUCAUUUGCGAUCGUUGUGGAAAGAAAUUGGCUUUACUUUUGCAAGCGUUCUCUCCACUUGAUGGCGCUUUGUAUGAUCGUGUGUUGUACAUAUUCGGUUGUAAAAAUGGUCAAUGUGCAAAGCAAAAGGGAAGCGUCAAGGCAAUUAGAGGUAUCAACAAGAGCGAUGAGGUUGCAAAGAGAAUCAAAGAGGAACUAGAUGGAAUCAAAGUAAAGGAAAUGGAAGAUAAAUUAAAGCUGGAACAACUGAAGAAAUUAAACGAUGAGUUGACGAAAAACUUAUUCAACAAGGACACAUCUGGUAACAAUCCAUUUGGUGGGUCGAACCCAUUUGCAAAGAAUGAUAAUCCAUUCAGUAGUGGUCUGUCCAAUCCCUUUGCCAAUGCGAAAGAAGCAAAGACAACCAAUGCUUCUACAAAGACUCCUCAACUGUAUGCUGAAGUAGCGAAAACUGCACCAAAACUGCCCAAAAGAGAACUGCAGAAGUUACAAGGCGAUCUACCUCAAUACAAUGGUAGUUUUGUAUACGUUGAUCUGGAAAAAUUCCGCAACGAUAAAGAUGAAGACGCUCAAUUGGCAAAGUAUAAGCACUUGAUUGAAGAAAAUGAUGCACCUGAAGAAGGCGCGUCAAGUAAAAGACGCGGGUCAUCCUCUUCGGCGGUUUUGGAUCCACAGACAACCAAAAUCUCCAAUAUGCUUGAUGACAAGUAUUUUGAAAACUUUUCAUCCACGGUCAAACACAACCCUGGUCAAGUAUUGCGCUACGAUUUGAAUGGUAAGCCAUUACUUUACAAUGGGAAAGAUGAUGUUGCCAAGGCAUUCUUGACUUCAAGCGGACAGCCAAAUAUUCCACGUCCUGGAUAUAACCCCAGUAGUGAGCGCAGAUUCGAAUUGCAGUUGAUGCCAAAAGCAAUUAUGGAUCUUGAAGGAUUGGACAGAGAAAAUGUUGAUAUCAAGGACAUAUUGAAUGGAAUGUCAUGGGGUACAAUUAUCGUCUGCACCGAUGUCGAGGAUUAUAUACGAGAGGAGGAUCUUGAUGAAAACAAGGUUGGGUAUGUUCAAGAAUGGUGUGGUGUGCAAUGGGAAGAAAGUGCAUAG